CACAGAUACGAGUAGCCGGAACGUCGGAUCCUGCACCAUCAAAGCAGCUACAGCGUGUACUGUGUACCCAGAUACGCGGACUCUAAGUGUGUCAAAUGAGAUACACUGUGUUAUUGACACUGUCUGAUGGAAACUUUGCUCCAAGCAGAAAUCCAAUAUCUUGGUGGCAUAUUGAUUCAAAGUUCCAUAGUUGCGGCAUUGCAUUGCGCAAGCACGCGCAUCGCAGAUUCCGAUAGUUUUACACAAUGUCGCGAUCACUAGCACGCCGCAUCUACUCCGACGUCUUCGCCAAAUGGCCCAAGCAGGACCUCCGACCCGACUACCAGUUCCAGGAUGUCCUCGCCAAGGUCGUCGACGAGCGCUUCAAGAACUACAAGCCGUCCAUCGAGCCCGAGGAGCUGCUAAAGGCGCGAGCGCUGCAAUUCCUGGUGCAGAACAAGUUCAGAGAUAGGUAUAAGCUUAAGGGUCCUAUGCUGGAACCAAAGAGCCAGCCGACGUAUUUUGAAGACUUGGUCAGGGAGAUUGAGGAGGCGCCGAAGAGAACCUGGUUGGAGAGAUUGGGCAAGAGAUUGUCGGGAAUGAUUAGACUGCAAUGAAGUAAUGAACAAAACGGCGACACGAUAUCGAUAUCAACAUCAAAUUAAAAGGGCAUCUCAAAAGAAGGGACGUGGAGGGAAAGAUUGCAUUUCAUGAAAACAAUAAUGGACAUGGCAAGGUCAAAAAGAUGGUAUCAAACCAAGAAUCUUUUGCAAUCAUCACUGUAUACUAUGUAUAUACACUUGUACAACUAGUCGCUGUAUCAAUACGAAGGCUGUAUAAUCCCCAUC